AAGUGUGAAGUGUGCACAGUGCGCGGGACUCUCAAACAUGCCAGUAUUUAACAACAACAACGACGAAGACUUAAUUUUCAGUUCUAAUUAAUAUGCCAGGGUUAAUAUCUUAUUAAAAUACGAUAAUCGUUGUAGUUUCAUACAUUCGAUGGUGUGGGGAUUUCGUUAAACGGAUCAGUUAAGUUAUUUAUUUGUUAGUGCCUGAGGCGGAUCACCUCAGAAAAAAAAGACUUGAGAAAAAGAAAAUGCAUAUUUAUUUGAAUGUAUUUAUUUAAGUUGGAUUAAAUUCCUGAUUCAGAAUGAGGAGAAGUUUAGCACCCAGUCAAGUGGCCAAAAGGAAACAAGGGCCGGAUUCAGAUGAUGAGGACUGGGAGCCUGACAUCGCGUCACAGAGUAAGAGAGGGUGUAUAGAAAAAUACAUCUCUCCCUUCAGAAAACCCCUGACGCCGCUCACCAACACACCCGUCUGCGCAGAUGGCAAUGAGCAUGAAGACUUCAUUCGUAAGAUCUUAUCAAAGCCGUUUAAAGUUCCCAUUCAAAAUUAUACAGGCCCGUUGGGUCUGCGGGCUCUGGGACUGAAGCGGGCCGGUGUGAGGAAGGCCCUACACGACCCGUUUGAAGACGGAGCGCUGGUUCUGUACGAGCCGCCUGCCAUCAGCGCUCAUGAGCUCAUCAAAGCAGACAAGGAGAAGUUACCAGUGCAUGUGGUUGUAGAUCCAGUGCUCACUAAAGUGCUUCGGCCCCAUCAACGAGAGGGUGUGAAGUUCCUGUGGGACUGUGUGACCGGAAGGCGGAUUGAAAACUCGUACGGCUGUAUUAUGGCGGAUGAGAUGGGACUGGGAAAGACUCUGCAGUGCAUCACUCUCAUGUGGACUUUACUUAAACAGAGUCCUGAUUUCAAACCUGAGAUCGACAAGGUCAUCGUAGUGUCCCCUUCAAGCCUCGUGCGAAACUGGUACAAUGAAGUGGGCAAAUGGCUGGGUGGACGCGUGCAGCCUGUCGCGAUCGAUGGCGGAUCCAAAGAGGAGAUAGAUCGCAAACUUGAGAACUUCAUCUCCCAGCAUGGCAUAAGAGUGCCAACUCCAAUUUUAAUAAUAUCCUAUGAAACAUUCCGCCUCCACACUGAAGUCCUGCACAAAGGCAAAGUUGGACUGGUUAUCUGUGACGAGGGUCACAGGCUGAAAAACUCAGACAAUCAGACGUACCAGGCGCUGAACUCCAUGAACGCUCAGAGGAGAGUGCUGAUAUCUGGAACGCCCAUUCAGAACGACUUACUGGAAUAUUUCAGUUUGGUGCACUUCGUAAAUUCUGGUAUCCUUGGCACAGCUCAGGAGUUUAAGAAACGAUUUGAGAUUCCAAUCCUAAAGGGUCGUGACGCGGACGCCAGUGAUAAAGACAGAGCUGCCGGAGAGGAGAAACUCCAGCAACUCAUCAGCAUUGUAAACCGGUGUUUGAUUCGAAGAACUUCAGAUAUUCUUUCCAAGUAUCUGCCUGUGAAGAUUGAACAAGUUGUCUGCUGCAAUCUUACUCCUCUCCAGAAAGAGCUGUACAAGUUAUUCCUGAAGCAGUCCAAACCUGUAGAGAGUCUGCAGACCGGCAAGAUCACGGUGUCUUCCCUGUCCUCCAUCACCUCGCUUAAGAAGCUCUGCAACCAUCCUGCCUUGAUUUAUGAGAAGUGUCUGGCAGGAGAAGAGGGUUUUGAUGGAGCAUUGGACCUCUUCCCACAAAAGUAUUCAACUAAAGCAGUAGAACCACAGCUCUCAGGGAAGAUGCUGGUACUGGAUUAUAUCCUGGCGAUGACCAGAACAACAACAAGUGAUAAAGUGGUUCUGGUCUCUAACUACACACAGACUUUGGACCUUUUUGAAAAGCUGUGUCGAACCCGAAGAUACCUUUACGUUAGACUGGACGGGACAAUGUCCAUCAAGAAGAGAGCAAAGGUUGUGGAGAGAUUCAACACCCCCUCUAAUCCAGAGUUCAUCUUCAUGCUGAGUAGCAAGGCUGGCGGCUGUGGGCUGAAUCUGAUUGGUGCAAAUCGCCUGGUGAUGUUCGACCCUGACUGGAAUCCAGCCAAUGACGAGCAGGCGAUGGCCAGAGUGUGGCGAGAUGGACAGAAGAAGACCUGCUUCAUCUACAGACUGCUGUCGACUGGAACGAUAGAGGAGAAGAUCUUACAGAGACAGGCUCAUAAGAAAGCUUUGAGUAGUUGUGUAGUGGAUGAGGAACAAGAUGUGGAAAGACAUUUCUCUCUUGGAGAGCUGCGAGAACUCUUCUCACUCAACGAGAAGACAGUCAGCGACACGCAUGACAGGUUUCGCUGUAGGCGCUGUGUAAACAAUCGUCAGGUGCGUCCUCCUCCAGAUGAUUCGGACUGCACCAGCGAUCUGUCCAACUGGCAGCACUGUUCAGAUAAAAGAGGCCUGAGGGACCCGGUGCUGCAGGCGUCCUGGGACGCUGCCGUCUCCUUCGUCUUUCACCAGCGCUCGCAUGAGGACCAGAGAGGAGUCGUCUGAGCAUCAGCAAUAAACACAUCACAUCAGAUCAUACAGGCUGAACACUGUGCAGCUGAUCUGGGAACUGUAGGAGAGCAGCCGAAAGCACACUGUAAUUAAAUUCUCUUCCUUGUACUUUCAUUUUAUUUAUUCUGUGCAUGUAUAGACAAAUUCAAUGUUUGUCCCUAUCAGCGUCAUUAAACGUGAACUAUAUCCAAGGU